GCCGCCAGGUGACAGUUCCUGCCGCCGCCUGGGCCGGGCCGGGCUGGCUGAGUGAGGCCCGGCGGGAAACCGGCCAAUCCCGGCCGGAAAGAUGGAGCGGGCGCUGGGGCCGGCUCUGGAGGGCGGCGGCGGCGGCGGGGUAGCCCGCAGAUCCGUGCGGCCGGCAGGGCUGGGGGGCGCCGCCCCCGCCGCGGGCUCCCGGCAGCCCAGCGCGGAGACCUUGGACAGCCCUACAGGAUCCCAUGUUGAAUGGUGUAAACAGCUCAUAGCUGCUACCAUUUCUAGUCAGAUUUCAGGUUCUGUGCCAUCAGACAUUGUAUCAAGAGAUUACAGGGUAUACAAGAGGCCUGAUAUACGGGAGAUUCAGGAUGGACACAAUGGCUAUCAUUCUGAAGCAGAAGCUGAUCAGGUGGCACUGAGGGAUGGGAACAAGCUGGCACAGAUGGAAGAGGCGCCACUUUUUCCUGGAGAAUCAAUCAAAGCGAUUGCUAAAGAUGUUAUGUAUAUCUGUCCAUUUAUGGGAGCAGUCAGCGGUACACUGACAGUGACAGACUUCAAAAUGUAUUUCAAAAAUGUUGAGAGGGAUCCACAUUUUGUUCUUGAUGUUCCCCUUGGAGUAAUAAGUAGAGUUGAAAAGAUUGGAGUGCAGAGCCAUGGAGACAACUCCUGUGGUAUAGAAAUUGUUUGCAAGGAUAUGAGAAACUUGCGGCUUGCCUAUAAACAGGAAGAACAGAGCAGACUGGAAAUAUUUGAAAACCUCGUAACGCAAGCAUUUCCUCUUUCUAAUGGGCUGCCACUUUUUGCAUUCAGCUAUAAAGAAAAAUUUCCUGUUAAUGGCUGGAAAGUUUAUGAUCCAAUGGCAGAAUAUAAGCGGCAGGGUUUGCCCAAUGAGAGUUGGAAAAUAUCCAAAAUUAACAGCACCUAUGAACUUUGUGAUACAUAUCCUACUAUCUUCGUUGUGCCAACCAGCGUGAAGGAUGAUGACCUCUCAAAAGUGGCAGCAUUUAGAGCAAAAGGCAGAAUUCCAGUGUUAUCCUGGAUUCACCCCGAGAGCCAGGCAACUAUAACGCGCUGCAGCCAGCCACUGAUAGGCCCGAAUGACAAACGUUGCAAAGAAGAUGAAAAAUACUUACAAACAAUAAUGGAUGCCAAUGCUCAGUCGCACAAACUUAUCAUCUUUGAUGCCAGACAAAACAGUGUGGCUGAUACAAACAAGGCAAAAGGUGGAGGAUAUGAAAGUGAAAGUGCCUACCCAAAUGCUGAGCUGGUCUUUCUGGAAAUACAUAACAUACAUGUGAUGAGAGAAUCAUUGCGGAAGCUGAAAGAGAUAGUUUAUCCUGCGAUUGAUGAGGCCCGGUGGUUGUCCAAUGUAGAUUCAACACACUGGUUGGAAUACAUAAGGAUGCUUCUUGCUGGAGCAGUAAGAAUUGCUGAUAAAAUUGAAUCUGGUAAAACAUCAGUUGUUGUACACUGCAGUGACGGCUGGGAUCGUACAGCCCAGCUCACCUCUUUAGCCAUGCUCAUGUUGGACAGCUAUUACAGGACUAUCAAAGGAUUUGAAGCUCUUAUAGAAAAAGAAUGGAUAAGUUUUGGACAUAGGUUUGCAAUGCGAGUAGGCCAUGGAGAUGAUGACCAUGCUGAUGCAGACAGGUCUCCCAUUUUCCUUCAGUUCCUUGAUUGUGUUUGGCAAAUGACGAAGCAGUUUCCUGCAGCCUUUGAAUUCAAUGAACUGUUUCUGAUCACCAUUUUGGAUCACCUUUAUAGUUGUCUCUUUGGGACUUUUUUAUACAACUGUGAACAAGAGCGAUUAAAAGAGGAGAUAAAUACAAAGACUGUAUCUUUAUGGUCCUACAUUAACAGUCAACUAGAUGAAUUUACUAAUCCUUUCUAUGUAAACUAUGAAAACCACGUCCUGUAUCCUGUUGCCAGUCUGAACCAUUUGGAACUGUGGGUAAAUUACUACAUCAGAUGGAAUCCAAGAAUGAGGCCACAGAUGCCAAUUCAUCAGAAUCUGAAGGAGUUACUUGCCAUCAGAGCUGAGCUUCAGAAGAAGGUGGAAGACUUGCAGCGAGAAGCUGCUACCCGAUCCAUUUCUUCAUCAUCAGAUAGAGGGUCAUCUCCUUCUCACUCAGCCACCCCAGUGCGCACUUCUGUCUGAUGUGCAGCAAAAGCCAUGUAAAACCAUUCAUGGCAGGUGAUCUGCAUAUAUAUGCUUAGAGGCGGGUGGAAUAUUUUCCCUGUCUCCCAAGGAUUGUGAGUGACUUAUAAUUGCUAUCAAUCUACAUGCCUUAUUCUUUGUGUCUGUUCCUGUUAUGAUGAGGCCAAAAAGAGCUUCAAUAGUUGUGAUGGUAUUUUCUGAAGUUGGCAGUUCCUGUAUGUGUUUUGACAUCUCUCGCUAAAUCAUCAAUUGUAAAAUUAACUUUAUUUUGAGCAACCAACAAUUUAACCAUCUUAAAAAGGAAUCCAUCUGUCAGACAGAUAAUGUGAGAGGCUUUUUGCUGCCUUGGGUACAGAGGCUGGUUGAGAAACCCAAAUGAAAUGCCAUGUAAUGUUUGUGCUUAAUCAGAACAUUGAGAGAAAUUUUCUGAAUGGGAGCUCUUUAUUUAAUGCAGUACAUUAUUUUUAUCUAGAGCAACUGCUAUUAUUCUUGGGGACAUAUUUAAGUAAUGCACUUUGAAACAGAUUUUAAAUUAAGUAUUUUCCAGUGCAGCCAAUUUUACAUUUUGAGUAAAUAUGCCAUUAAGAAUGGAUGGUAAUGAAGGUAAACAGGAUUUGCCAAUUAAUACACACCUACUGGUACUUGUAUGAUGUAAUAUAUUUGGUGAAGCAUGGAUUUUAAUUUUUUUAAUGCCUUUUUUUACAAGUUUAAAUAAAUCUUUUGACCGUUUAUUGUCCCGUUUUACCCUCACGAAUAAGGGGUAAGCUUAAUCAGGUCUGUCUUGUACUCAGUAACUUGUUUUCUAGCAAUUUGGAUUAGAAGAACAUUUGAACUGUGUAAAUUGUAUAGUCUGUAUAGUUCCACGUAUUUUAAGUGUGUCCUGUUAAACAUAUAUACACAUUUAUGUACAUGCAUAUGUGGUGUUAAACAUGCACACACUUCAUUUGCAUGUUAUGGGUUCAGAAAAUUGAUCCUGCCUCUCCAAAUGUUUUGGAAGAUAUAAACUGUUACAACUUUGAUGUUUUUAAAUAAUAGGCGCUUAAUUGGUUUCCUUGAAAUAAUAAAGACGGUUUUGGUUUUUUGGUUUUUAAAUGCUGCCAA